AUGAAGGAGUCGGGGAAAAAGCUGAAAAUUCUUUAUGCCACCCUUCAAAACCUGAAUGUGGCAAUUGCACAGAAGGACCCUGAGAUUCACCCAGGUUCUCCCCAUGACCCACCAACAAAUGCCCCAGAGGAUUCCUGUGUUAGGGAUGAGUCACCAGCAGUUGCCUUGACACCGGAAGAACCAGCCACCACAAGUGAGAGGGACACCACGGCACAAGAUCCAGCACCAGCACUGCCACUGGCUGUCACUGAGGGCAGUGAGAUGUCUGCGGAUGAAGUGAACAUCGGCUCAACUCAUCCAGAAAACACAGCAGAAGACUUUCCACCGGCUGUGACGACGGAACCAGAAGUUUUGCAUUUGACCAACUGCACUCUGCAAGACUUCACCCAACGAGGUUUCCUAGGCGAGGGCGGAUUUGGGAAGGUUCUCCAUGUGCAACACACGGCAUCAAAAAGAUCGUAUGCCCUGAAGAUCCUAAAAAAACAGAAGAUCACCACCUUAAGGGAUGUUGAAAGGAUUUUGGUCGAGAAACGGGUCGCUCUCACAGCAGCUGUCCACCCCUUCACCGUGGAUCUACAUGCCACCUUCCAGUCAGACCACCAUCUCUUCUUCCUCAUGGAGUAUGUCGCUGGAGGCUGCUUAAGGACUCUCCUGGAGAGGGAACGUAAAAUUUGGACAACGGAGGACUACGUACGUUUCUAUGCUGCGUGCACAGUGCUGGCCAUCUCCUAUUUGCACGAAAAUGGUAUCAUACACCGAGCUUGCUCCACAAGAGCAUGA